AUGAAUUAAUAACUUGAAGAAGAACAAAAAGAAGAGGGCUUUAAUGAAUUAAACUCUGAAUCUCAUAACUUUUGUGAGGAAAUAUAGAAUGGCUAUAGAGUUUAAGAUAACUUUUCCGGAGAUUAAUCACAUUAAAAGCAAUUAACUACGAGUGAAUAAUAAUUAUGCAAAGUAACUCCAACUCCUCCAAUGAUCCCUAUAGAAAAUUUUUUGAUGCUAGAUAAUCAAAAAUACCCAACUCAAUUCUCUGAUUAUGAAUAUAGAACAGAGUAUUAAGAUUAAAACAAUUAAUAAUAUUAACAAGAAGUUAGAUAAGAUUCUAUUACUACUGGCAAUCUAAAUAAUGAGGAAGAUUCUAAACAAAUAUGUAAAUAACUUAAUAUCAAUAAAAAAAUAAAAAAAACAACAUUGAGAGAGAAAAACAAAGAAAAACUAUCUAAAUUAAAAGAGGAAAAAAAAAAUAAACCAUAAUAUUCAAAGUUGAAAAAAAGUAAGUUUUGGAAUCCUUAUUUUAUCGAACUUUAUACACAAUUCUAUUAAUUUAUUUCAAAAGAGUCUUGGUGGUAUGAUAUUAUUAAAUAAGCUCCUAAUUUGAUAGUUUACUUAAUUUGUAAUUAUGAUAAAGAAUUGAAUAAUGUUUAAUGGCAGAGAAUAGUAGAAGAAUUGAGUAAACAGUAUAUUGAUAAGGUAGAAUAAUGGCCUAAAUAUUUAAGCCUUAACUCACCAAUAAAACUUAUAAAGAAGAAGCUUCAAUUAAAAUAAGAAGAUUAUUAAAAACUUAUUAGCUAAAUUAAACCAAUAUAUUUUAAUGAAAUUAAAACAAAAAAUGUAUUAGAAAUAACAUAUAAUUUAUCAUUACAUUGGAACGAUUUUAAAACAUUAUGCAAAGAUAGAGAAAUCGAUUUAAAUUUGGAAAAUAAACAUAACGAAUCUUUUGAAAAUCUUAACAAUGGACUUAACAAUCAAUUGGUUAUAAAGAUUGAUUAACAAUAAUAUAUAGAAAGCUUAAUUAUUUUAGUAGACUAAAUUAAAUAACACAAAGAAGUUUAAUUUACAAAAAAGACUAUAGAUUUUAACAUUACAGAUAUUUAUAAUCUAUAUGAAAAUAACGAACUUAAAAAGUAAGUUGAAUUAAUAUUUUAAUCUAUUAAAAUAGGAUUUAAAUAUUAUAAAAGAAAAAUGAAAACCAAAUCUAAAUAAAAAAAAAAUAAAUUUCUUAAGUAUAUUUCAACUGGGGAUAAUGAUCUUAAUAAAAUAAUUUUUAAACAUUUAAAAUUGGUGGUAAUGAAAGUGGAAGAGAUGAAGAAUAGUCAAAAAUGA